AGUACUGACAGUUUUUUAUCAAUAUUGGGUCGGAAAGAUAGUCUUCUGGAUUUCUCCGUCAGAAAAUAUUUUUUGUUCAGUAGAAAAUAAUUUAAAGGUAUGGUAAAUUUAGCCGACACGCUUAUGAUAAAUACGGUGACGGACGGAGCUAUGAAUUUGUUGCGACAUAUUGGUGUUUUCAAAUCUCAGCAACCUGCUCCAGCACCUCCUCAAAUAAUCAUGAAAAUGCCGCUGUGGCAACUAGCGCAGGAAGCAGGGCCAUUUGUGCGCCUGGCGGGUUUGAGCGGAGCCGCCGCUGUAGUGCUCGGAGCAAUGGGCGCGCAUCGCACAUUUCCCGAGGUUGAAACAAAGGAAGACCUAAGGAAAAUUUUUGAUACAGCCAACCGCUUCCAUUUCCUACACACUCUCGCUCUCGUAACUGUACCUCUUUGCCGGAGACCAUAUGUUGCUGGUGCAUUCUUCCUAGCUGGGAUGACACUGUUCUGUGGCACAUGUUACUACCAUGCCUUCACUGGUGACCGCUGCUUCCGCAGGCUCACUCCCAUUGGGGGUUCCUGCCUCAUCCUUGGUUGGGUUGCAAUGGUCUUGUAAACCCUUGUGAACUUUUUCCUAGAUGCUCAUGUGUGUUGAUAGAUGUUCAAGUGUAUAUUCUAGAGUAGGGUUAUGUAUUAGUUUAUUGCACAGUUACUUUUUAGUCAGUAUUUAGAAUAUUUUAUGAUGUAUAAUUCCAGUGUUGAUACUUUUACAUUGUAUGCACAACAUUAUAAUCUAAAAUAUUUUCAACUUUAUAGAUAGAUUAUACUGUAGGUGUUACUGAUGGUUCCAGCUAUUUUCAUUAUAUUAUCCUUCAUUACUUCCAUAUUGUAUUUAGUCAUGAGGAAUUAGAUCUUUGAUGAAUAAACAUAUGGGUUCAAAGGAAAGUAACAUAAUCAUUUUUAAUAUAUAAUAUGGAUUAAUAGUAUUUUUGUGGAUAGAUUGGUGACAGUGAAAAAUAAUAUAAAAGUUAAUUGUUCAAAAGCUGA